AUCGGUAUAAACAAACCAUACCCACCAUCUCCACCAGAUUGCAUAAAACACGUUCGGCGGAGGAAUCAUGACGAGCGCUGCCACCGCAUUCACGUUGGCCAUUUUCAAGCCCCACCUGGUGAAGAAUCCGGUGGCCUACGGUGCGGUGGAGCGGCUGAUUGAAUCCAGUGGGAUCCGGAUCGUGACCAGGAAGCAGGUUCACCUGACGCAACCGGAAGCGGAGCAGUUCUAUCGGGACCAUCAGGGUAAAUUUUUCUACCGGAGGCUGAUUUCGCUGAUGACGAGUGGCCCGCUGGAGGUGUUGGUGCUGUCGGGGGAGAAUGUGGUAAACAGAUGGCGGGAGCUGAUGGGACCGACAAAAGUGUUCAAAGCGGUGUACUCCAACCCUGAAUGCAUAAGGAGUUUAUACGGAUUGACGGAUACCAGGAAUGCUAGUCAUGGGUCUGAUUCGGUAGCAUCCUUCUUGACCGAGGCGGCACUGUUCUUCCCAAAUCAGGAGUUUCCUCCAAACAACACCACGACCACCACUGAUAAUUACGAGUCAAACGGACAUCAUCACCAAAAUACCAGUUAGAGGGACAUGACGACGCGUGAAGAAUUUUCAUGGCGGGGGUCCCAAGAGUCAGUCGCCAGGGCAAAACCAAAGAUGGUUGCAUUUUUCGUCGGAGCUUCACCCGAGGUUUGUUUGUUUCGGGCGGGUUCAGCAUAUAUUGUAGGUUGGUAGCAGCAAGUGUGAAAUAAUAAACUUUUCUUCGGUGUAAUCGUAAA